GUUAUUUUUCGCGCCAUUUGUAUAUCAGUGCAUUGCCACCUACGGGGGGGUUAACUUCCGGUUUAGCAGCUAAACAAAUUCAAACCGCUGAGGUCGUUAUAUUAAACGAGAGGUGAACGUUGUUUGGCAAGCAUCUAAAAGAAAAAGACUAUCCUAAGGGAAUUAUAUUUUUUAUAUUAAUAAAGAUUAUAUUUUAUCGUAGUUGACGAUGGCGCUAAGAAAUCGACAAGUGCUUAUGAAUGUUAAUAAAGAAAAUGUUGCAAAUUCAAAAUCAUCUAUUGCUGCAAAGACAAUAACAACCAAGAGAUCUGUAUUUGGAGAUUUAGGAAAUAAAGUAAAUACACAGAGAGGUGUUGAACCAAUUGGUCGAAGUAGUUUGUUGAAGGAAAAUAAACAAAUCAUUUCUAAAAAAAAUGACGCUACUACUAAGCAUGCUGUUGUUGGUGGUAAAACUUUAGAUAAAAUUCAUGAAAAACCAAUUAAUAAAUUACAAGAUAAAACUGCCAAGAUACAAGAUAAUAAAUUACAAAUGCAAAUAAAUAAACCGUCAAUUAAAAAUGAAGCAACCAUAGAAAUCAAUCAAUUAUCAUUAGUUCCAACGAUACCUAUUAAAAAGGAAAAAGAAUCAUUAACGUCUGAUCAUAUAAUCAUUAAAAAGGAAAAAGAAUCAUUUUCGUCUGAUCUUAUAACCAUUGAAAAUAUUGAUGAAACUGAUAAAGAAAAUCCGAUUUUAGUUUCUGCAUAUUGCAACGAUAUAUAUGAAUAUUUAAGAACUUUAGAACAAAAGUUUCCCAUUAAAAAAGAUUAUUUAACUGGUCAAGAAGUAACACCCAAAAUGAGAAGUGUUCUUAUAGAUUGGCUCGUCGAAGUACAUCAACAAUUUCAUCUUAUGCAAGAAACUUUAUAUCUAACUAUAUCUAUUAUCGAUAGAUUUCUACAGUCAAAUAAAACGAUAGAUAGAAAAAGAUUACAACUAGUUGGUGUAACAGCCAUGUUUAUAGCUAGUAAAUAUGAAGAAAUGUAUUCACCAGACGUUAGUGAUUUUGUAUAUAUAACAGAUAAUGCAUAUACAAAAUUAGAAAUCUUAAAAAUGGAACUGGUGAUUAUAACAACUCUUGAUUAUUCAUUUGGACGACCAUUACCACUUCAUUUUUUAAGAAGAUAUAGUAAAGCUGGAAAGGCACUUCCUAUCCAUCAUACCAUGGCUAAAUAUUUUUUGGAACAGUGUUUAGUACAUUAUGAAAUGUGCCAUUAUUCACCAAGUUUGAUAGCAGCAGGUGCCAUAUAUUUAGCAUUUCUAAUUUUCGAUAAUAACGAUGAAAAUGAAAAUAAGAACAUUUGGACGAACACUUUAGAAUAUUAUAGCACUUAUACUAAAGAGGAUAUAUUACCAGUCGUAAGGGAUAUUGCUGUGAUUAUAAAUGAAGCAGACAAAAGCAAAUUUCAAGCUGUUAGAAAGAAAUAUGUUAAUGCGAAAUAUAUGAAAAUUAGUGUUCGUCCAGAACUUAAAUCGCCCAUCAUAGUUUCUUUGGCACAAAAAGAAAGGCAAACUUAAUUAUUUUCGUAUAUAUAUAUAUAUAAUACAAAUAUAUUUUUUUUCAUUUUAUAUAAAAUAAUAAUAAUAAUAAUAAUAAUAAUAAUGUGAUCAAUUAUCAUCAUUAUCAUCAUUAUCAUCAUCAUUGGCAACAACACCCCAACAUCGGCAAACAAUCCAACAACUCUAAACAAAAAAAAAUGAAAAUGAAAAUGAAAAUGUAAGAACAAAAUUCUACGUCCAUUAUUAUUAUUCAA